GACCACAUCUUACUCUGUAAUUCCUCUUCUCUUAUCCUACGCACACUCUCUCAUUACAUAAACACACUUGCACCCUUUUAAACUCUCUUUAAAAUGGACAAGCCUCUACCCAUAACCGAACCUUGGCGACCCGACCCAGUACUAUUCCGGCCACCGGAGACGCCACGUGAACCGAUGGAGUUUCUCUCACGGUCAUGGAGCGUGUCAGCUUUAGAAGUGUCUAAAGCUCUAGUCCCACAGCACCCACAAAUGGUUCUCUCAAAGACAUCGAGUAGUGUGAUACUGGAAGAUUUAGCUGGUGAGCUAGAGGACCAGAAUGGCGCCGUUUCAGGGAACCCAUUCUCCUUUGCUUCCUCUGAAACUUCCCAGAUGAUCAUGGACCGUAUCAUGUCGCAGUCGCAGGAGGUGUCUCCACGCACAUCAGGGAGACUCUCACACAGCAGUGGCCCUCUCAACGGAACUCAGAGCUGUGGUUCCUUGACCGACAGUCCUCCCGUUUCUCCAUCCGAAAUCGAUGAUAUUAAGUUCUGUCGCUCCAAUAAUAAUACCUCCGGCAACAACAUCCACCAUCAUCCGUUCACUGCCAACUCCACCUUCCGCGCUUCCGCAGCCGCCGUUUCCGCAACGCCGGCCGCGACAUCAGGCGGUGGGAAGACUGUGGGACGGUGGCUCAAAGACAGGAGGGAGAAGAAAAAGGAGGAAACCCGUGUACACAAUGCGCAACUCCACGCCGCUGUUUCUGUCGCCGGUGUUGCGGCAGCUAUCGCCGCUAUUGCUGCGGCCACCGCUGCCUCGUCGGGCUCCGGAAAAGAUGAGCAAAUGGCUAAGACUGAUAUGGCUGUGGCCUCUGCGGCUACGCUUGUCGCUGCGCAAUGCGUUGAGGCUGCCGAAUCCAUGGGUGCUGAACGCGAACAUUUGGCUUCUGUCGUCAGCUCCGCUGUUAACGUUAGAUCAGCCGGCGAUAUAAUGACGUUAACUGCUGGAGCGGCCACGGCCUUGAGAGGGGCGGCCACGUUGAAGGCACGUGCGUUGAAGGAGGUGUGGAAUAUAGCGGCGGUGAUUCCAGUGGAGAAAGGAAUGGGUGGGGGUGGAAAUAACAAUAAUGGGGGUGGUAGUAACAAUGGUAGUUCUAACGGUAGUUUCAGCGGUGAGCUUGUUCCUGAAGAUAAUUUCUUAGGUAUUUGCAGCAGAGAAUUGCUUGCCAGAGGUUGUGAGCUACUAAAGCGUACCCGUAAAGGUGAUCUUCACUGGAAAAUAGUUUCUGUCUAUAUUAACAGAUCGAACCAGGUUAUGUUGAAGAUGAAGAGUAGACAUGUUGCUGGGACCAUCACGAAAAAGAAAAAGAAUGUUGUGUUGGAGGUGAUUAAAGAUAUGCCCUCAUGGGCAGGCCGCCACUUGCUUGAGGGAGGUGAGAACAGGCGAUACUUUGGGUUGAAGACAGUUAUGCGUGGAGUUGUAGAAUUCGAGUGCAAGAACCAGAGAGAGUAUGAUAUAUGGACUCAGGGGGUGUCAAGGCUCCUCACUAUUGCUUCAGAAAAAAGUAAUAGACAUAGAGUUUAAACUGUUGUUUACAUGGGGAAAAUUUGGUAUAUUAGAUAAUGGGAAUAGGGCUAAUAGCCCUUAAAACAAAAAAUAUCAUAUGUUCAAGUAAAACUACUGGGCUGUUCUUUUGGUGUUUCUAUUGUAAAAAUGUUGAAAUAUUAAAGAGAAGAAGUCCAAAUGGGUCUCUUUACUUUAAUUUGGGGGGAUUAUAUCUUGAGCUUUUGUUGUUAUUUUGAACUGGAAAGAGUAAAGUGAUUUUGAAUCAAAGCAAAGCAAAGAAAACCAUGUGACACUGGCCAUUGUUGUGGAAAGAAAAGGAGUAUCUUGGACUGAGAUGGUCAAAAAGGCAAGAAAGGAAUCCCAUUUUGAGGAGAGGAAUAUAAAUAUUGAAGACAAAGACAUACCCAGAUUCUAAGUGCUUUUAUUUUUGUAUUUUUAAUUUGUGGGCUGAUGCCUUUGUCCUUUAUUUAUUUUUUUUGGCUCUUUGUUUUAGGCUUUCGAUAUGGUGGAACCAUGAUUGUCUUGAUUUGUAAUCUUCCACUUUAUAUAUUAGUUUUGUUUGGAUUUAAGUGAUGAA